AUGCACACUUUACUCGGUGAGCAGGUCUCUCUCUGUCUCACUCUCUGUGAGUUUUUUUACUGAAUAGUGAGCAGCAGUGCACAUUUAUUCAGCUUGAAGAGGCUUCAGUAGCAGAGUGGCAGCAGGGUGGGGGAGUUCUCUAGGAGAAAGGGAGGGUGAGCGACAAGGAAUCCAGCAAUCUGCCCCUCUCACGCUCUGGAUUUUAGUCUGCUCUCGCUGCCAACUCCACAGCACACACAUACAAACACACACACACACACACACACACACACACACACAAAGUCACUGUCAGACAGCACAGCAAAAUGCUUCUGGAGCUGUUGACAUCAUGACUCGCUGUGCUUAAACUUUUGAUGAUCACAUCUGCCUCUCCAAGUUGAUGACGUGAUUAAAGUUUCUGGAUUUCUUCUGGUGCCUGAAUGUUGUCGCUGGGCAAAAUGCAUUCCAGGGCCACGUCCCGCAGCUGUGAUGACUACCUGAGGAUUAAGGAUCCCGAGUCUUUAGACAACUGUAUCCAGAGCACCCUGUCAGCUCUGUACUGUCCCUUCAGUGCCACCGCCUCGACUGUUCUCUGGCAGCUCUUCAGCGUGGUGGAAAGGCAGUACCAUGGAGACGGCCUCCACUGCUUCAUUGACUUCUUGCUUCCUGCUAAGAGGAUUCUGCAGAUAAUUCAAAAAGAGAGCUGUGUGAAAUUCAAAGGUCUGCUGUUCUACCAUGAAGGGUGGCCUCUCUGCAUUGAUGAGAAAGUUGUCCUGCAACUUUCUCCUCUACAUAAGGUUCGACUAAGGCAAGGGGACUUCUACUUACAGAUAGUUCCUUUGGGCCGUAAAGCUGCCAAGCUGGUGAUAAAAUGUUUGUCUGCCAGUGGGAAAGCCAUUGCAGAAGUCCCCAUUUCAGAGAGCAUGUAUGGCAGCAUCUUCACAGCUGAGUUCCUGCAUAAUGUAACAUGUGAACAAAACCUGCAUCCUCUGCAGAACUGUCUGCUCACCAGUGGUACCGCUGUGUAUAGGACACCAUGGAAAAACAUUGUCUGCCCGCUGUUCGUCUGCAGCACAGCAGAUAACAUCAUGCAGGCUCACUGCAGUACAGGUGGCUUUUGGGGCCAUCUCGGCACCUGCAGCACCAGCGGAUCCACCAGGACUCUGGAAAUCCACCACAGCUCCAGAGAGUCCCUGUACUCCUCAGGAGCUGACUCAGUUUUUUCUGAGUCCAGCUCUCCAAUCAGCCACAUGGACUCCAGCAGUGAGAACCUUAACAUCAACAGGGAUGGUCCCUUUACACCCACCAUUCAAAUAGAAAGACCUGCAGAGGAGUGUGGCAAAGAACCACGGGAUGAGGACAGUAGUGAUCUAGUGACAGGGUCCAAAGUGAUUUCUUUUGAUACAGAUGUCAGUAAUCCAGGCCCUCAACACAAUAUGCCUAGAGACUCUGUUUCCUUUGAGAGAAGAAAACUUUUCAGGAAGUCCUACAUGGAAGCCCUUCAGAACCCUAUGACCUUCGGUUCCAGCUCUGAAUCCAUUGUGGAGGAAAGCCCUGAACACAGCAUGGGACUUCAAGAAAGAGCUGGUACACUAGGAAGCAUCCCAGACACCCACACAUCUCCUAGACAACACUUAUCUUGUAGGUUUAGUAGCCGAGGAUGCCUCAGGGAUGACGAGUCCAGAACCAGCACACCUUUGUUUUACUUCCGGAGGGGAUUUCGGAUUUCUGGGAUGCACUCAGAAAGACGCUCUAAGUCGUUAGAGAAGACCGAUAAAGCUGGCUUGGUUAAAGCUCACAGGGAGCGGUCAUCAUCAGGAGGCUCGACAAGCAUCUCUCCCAAGAAGCUGGUGAAUAUAUACGCUCUUCACUUUGGGAAGCAGGAUGUGGAGGCUGUGCUUCCUGGAAGUGAGGGGAGAAGCAGCAAAGAUGAGUCAGGACAGCGUGAUGACAGCAUUAGCACUCAGAGCAGACAACACAAAACAAGCAGCAAAGAGUCACACAGUCCCAGAGCUGCCAAUGGGAUGAGCCAGAGCCUGGCUUCAGUUCAGAUCCCUUCCAGUGAUUACUAUUUAUCAUUCUCCAAAUGGAUUUCUGACAUCAACCAGGAGCUGCUAACAUCAGGAGCUGUGAUCCUUCCAGGAAAUAAAGAUCGUGGUGGGAGGUCAGUGUUGCAAGUGUGCACAAGAGUUCAGGUGUGGGCAAGUGAAGCAUGUUCAGCCAACACUUUGACCUGCUUGCUGCGCUACUACCACUCAACCCUGCGGAAAGAAAUGCGUGAUCAAGGCAUGGCUGUUGUCAUUGACAGCAGAGAGCAGCAGCCUGUCCCAGCUCUGUUUUCAUCUCUGUUUGAAUUUCAGACUUUAGAACCAAAUGCACUUUAUUCAGUUCUGUUUGUGGUGGACAAAGACGGGUCAGCCAAACUUGACAGAGAUCUCAAUGUUCAGAAUGAGACGUUUUCAUCCCUGAAGGCUCUGCUGAAACACAUCGACCAAACACAGCUGACACGAGACCUGGGCGGCACAUUCUAUUACAACCACGAGCACUGGAUCAGCUUCAGACAGAAAAUCGAACCUUUUGCCAGCAGCUGCUGUGCUGCCAUCCGCUUCCUUCAGGAGUCCAGCAGCUCACUGAGCACCACUGGAGAACUCAAAACCUCUAAAGAGGUGUAUGAGGCGUUAGAAAAGCAGAAGCAUCUGAUGAAGUGUGUGCUGGAGGACCCUUGUCUGAACAGGCUGCGUCUGGAGGGAGGAACACAACUCGCUCGAAUCAGGAAGGAGGAGACAAUUAAGAAUGAAAACUGCAGGGACACCAUCGACAUGCUGAACAGUCUGUACAACCAGGUUGAUGAAGAGGUUCACAAACUCGUGAUCUUAUCCAACAAGUCACAGAAACAGUUAGAAAUGCUGCAGGAGGUGCUUACAUUUGAGGAGCAAACACAGCAGAUAAAACACUGGUUUAGUGUGGCAGCAGAGAAGCAGCUCAUACCUCUGGAAACAAAGAGUCUGUCUUUGAGCAAAAUUAAGGAGAUGAAAGAGAACUUGGACCAGUUUCUGGAGGAGUCAAUGCACCAGCAGAGACUUGGUCUACAACUGAUGAAAGAGUCUUCAGAGUGCCUCCCAGGUUGUGCUCUACUGGAUUUCAAACAACAUCUGAGUUUCAUUCUAAGCAGUGUGGAGGAGAGGAAGGCUAAGCUGGAGAUCCUGACAAAUCUGUAUGAAUUCUAUGAUUCUGCGAGCCAGUGGACGGAGCACUGUCAGAAAUACUUCCGUCAGCUGAGUCUGGACAGCUCAGAUGAAAUAACUUCAACCACCGCAGAUCAGAUUCUGCAGCAUUGCUGCACUGAGGCAUCUAAGUUCUCCAUGGACAACUUCAGUACGCUCAAAAACACGGUCCUUUCACUGGAAAGUCCUCAGGAGCUGCAGCAGUGGAAUUCUGUUUGGCACAAAUGCCAGCAGACCAAACAGCAGCUGGAGGAAAUUGUAGCUCGAGCUGAAGUGGAUGCUUUGAACACCGCAGAGAGUUGGAUUGUUAUCCCAGAACAUUGUGGAGGUAAUCGGUGCAUACCUGGGGCCAUCACACCUCUGACUUUUGAAGAAAGUCUAGUUCAGUCUAGUUCAGCAUCAUUGCAAUUUCCCUUCUCUCCUGAUGGUGAAAACAAACUGGGACAGAGCUCGUCCACAUAUGAUGACACGGACAGCAACUGCACCAUUGACUCAGCUCUCUCCUGUCAUUUGGAGCCCAUCUACUCCAAAACUAUGCGACUCCACAAGCAGCCAAUGAAAAAGAUCAUGAAGAAGACUAUGAGCGUCGAGCUGGUCCCAAGGGGCAGUAGCCACUCAGAUGUCAGCUACAUUCAUGGCUACGAAGGGGCCCACAUCAAAGGUCUGGAGGUGGCCAGUAAUGUGUCUGCAGAGAAGAAGCUGCAAAGGGCCGAUGGGAUGAGUUCAGCAUUGGGACGCAGCCGCAGCAUGCCCCCACCUUCCAGGACAUAUAACAGACGGAGCGAUGGAGAUGGUACAAAACAGAGCAGUAAAGUUCAGCACAUCAUGGAUGAAAUGAUUUCCACUGAGAGGGAGUAUGUUCGCUCUCUCAGCUACGUCAUCAAGCACUACCUCCCAGAGAUGGAGCGCCUGGACUUGCCUCAAGACCUACGUGGGAAGCAGAGCAUCAUUUAUGGGAAUAUGGAGAAGCUGUGGGACUUUCACAGCCAGUUCUUCCUGAAGGAGCUGGAGGCGAGCGCUGACUCACCACUGUCCAUCAGCAGCUGUUUUCUGCAACAUGAGGAUCAGUUUGGAAUGUACGCCCUAUAUAGCAAGAACAAACCUCAGUCAGAUGUUCUGCUCAGUAGCCAUGGUAACAAAUUCUUUAAGAAUAAGCAGAUGGAACUCGGAGACAAGAUGGACUUGGCAUCCUAUUUGUUGAAGCCCAUUCAAAGGAUGAGUAAAUAUGCGCUGCUACUCAAAGAUUUGAUAAAGGAAUGCCGUCAUUUCCAGGAGCAGGAGCUGAGGGACCUCCAAACUGCAGAAGAGAUGGUCAAGUUUCAGCUUCGUCAUGGCAACGACCUGUUGGCUAUGGACGCUAUUCAGAGCUGUGACGUGAACCUGAAAGAGCAAGGUCAGCUCCACUGUCAGGAUGAGUUUAUCGUUUGGUGUGGACGCAGGAAAUACCUCCGCCACAUCUUCUUGUUUGAAGACCUCAUCCUCUUCAGCAAGACCAAGAAGACAGAGGGAGGAUAUGACAUUUACAUAUACAAACAGUCCUUUAAAACAGCAGACAUUGGUAUGACAGAAAAUGUUGGCGACAGUGGCCUUCGUUUUGAGAUCUGGUUCCGCAGGAGAAAGCACCAGGACACCUUUAUACUACAAGCUAGCUCUGCAGAUGCCAAGGCUGUGUGGACGGCUAUUAUUGGAAAGAUUCUGUGGAGGCAAGCCCUCAUAAAAAGAGAGCUGCAAAUGCAGGAAAUGGUUUCCAUGGGGAUGGGAAGCACACCUUUCAUGGACAUCAAACCCACUGAGACAGCUAUUAGUGACAGAGCCAUUGACUACAUCAUGAAAGGAACAGAAUCUCCUACGAUGGCGUCCAUUGCUGUGUCAUCCUUUGAUCACUGCACUGCGUUCAAGAGGCCCCACUCCACCAUCUCCACCAGUAGCACAUCCUACUCCAGCAGCCAGCCAUCCUCCUCUCUCCUGGGCUUGCUCAAUCUGCACCUGUACUCCUCACCCUCCUCACCCUCCCACCAGUACACAGACCCAUUCCUGAUGUGCAGAACUGAGUCCUUCAUCCAGCGGCCUUACGACUGCAUUGAGGAAGAUGAGCUGGAGCAGGACACCACCUGCAGCCAGUCCUCUAUAAUGACUGGGAAUUCAGAGACCUCCCAGUUUAGCUCCAGUGAGAGCGUAUCAGGCUGGAGUGUUCUCACCAUUCCUGACCAAACUGGCAUUAUCAUGGACUCUUACAACCACGAGUCCUCCUCCUGCUCCUCCACACCUCCUUCCUGUGUCUCCUCUUCAGGAGGAGCUCUAAUCACAGGGCACACUGUCAUGUAAUAAACACAACAUUGGA